GGUGAAGUAAUCAUUGCAUGUAGUACAAAGUUUCCAAGAACUUUCACCAUGGAGAUGUCGGGGAAAGAAUUAGGAUGGUAGGGGAAUGAAGAAAUUCAGACUGAGUUUUGAGGAAAGACUAAAACGUUGGACGCAGUGACGUGAUCGCUAUCACAUCUUAGUAGUAUCAAGAUUGUGUUGUUUCAAUAAAAAAAAAAAAAAAAACUUUUACUCUGUCAUCAUUUAUAAGAUUAUUUUCCUACAACUAAUCGAGAAAUUUGUGAUCAUCUCUAUUAUGGCGGGUUUUAUUUCUUGGCUGAUUAUAACUGUGUUCGCUACCAUUUUUUUCGUUCAAAUUCAUGGGAGUACAGCUACGAUCGCGGAACCUAAAGCACCUAAUUUCCAGUAUUUCGAACGGCCAAGAUAUCGCUAUCCUUAUUACGACGAAAAUGGCAAGGGAAAGUUGUUAUACGGCUAUGGUGGACCAGAGCUGUAUCAAUAUAAAACUUAUAGUCCUCUUGAAGGAAUUCAUUAAUAUUUCUCUUUUUUUGAAAAAAAUGAUUGGUAUAAUUCCUCUCUUUUGUAGAAAUUUAUUUUUUUAUUAAAAGAUUAGAAAUUGAAAUAAAAUAUGCUUGUAUAUAUGUAAAAUAUAUUAAACAUAAAAUAGUUAUUGUUAUUAA